GAUCAAGGAUGGAGGAGUGUACCGGUGCGCCGCGCGGAACUCAGUGGGCAGCGCCGAAUACCAAGCGCGAAUAAACGUCCCCCGAGUAUCCGAGCCAUGAAGAAUAUAACGGCAGUGGCGGGUAGGGACACCUUCAUCAACUGCCGGGUGAUCGGGUAUCCGUACUAUUCCAUCAAGUGGUACAAGGAUGCCUUGCUGCUUCCAGAUAACCACCGCCAGGUGGUCUUUGAGAACGGGACCCUUAAGCUGAUGGAUGUACAGAAGGGCAUGGAUGAAGGGGAGUAUCUCUGCAGCGUCCUGAUCCAGCCGCAGCUUUCCAUCAGCCAGAGCGUCCACGUUACCGUGAAAGUCCCUCCCCUGAUCCAGCCCUUCGAGUUCCCACCGGCCUCCAUCGGCCAGCUCCUCUACAUCCCCUGCGUGGUCUCCUCGGGGGACAUGCCCAUCCGCAUCACUUGGCGGAAGGAUGGGCAGGUGAUCAUCUCAGGCUCGGGGGUCACGAUCGAGAGCAAAGAGUUCAUGAGCUCCCUGCAGAUAUCCAGCGUCUCCCUCAAGCACAACGGCAACUACACGUGCAUUGCCAGCAACGCCGCCGCCACCGUCAGCCGUGAGCGGCAGCUGAUCGUGCGAGUGCCACCUCGUUUCGUGGUCCAGCCCAACAACCAGGACGGCAUCUAUGGCAAAGCAGGGGUGUUGAACUGCUCUGUGGAUGGGUAUCCCCCUCCCAAGGUCAUGUGGAAGCAUGCAAAAGGAAGCGGGAACCCCCAGCAGUACCAUCCUGUGCCCCUCACGGGCCGCAUUCAAAUCCUCCCCAACAGCUCACUGCUCAUUCGCCACGUGCUGGAGGAGGACAUCGGCUAUUACCUUUGCCAGGCCAGCAACGGCGUGGGGACGGACAUCAGCAAGUCUAUGUUCCUCACCGUCAAGAUCCCAGCCAUGAUCACGUCCCAUCCCAACACGACCAUUGCAAUCAAGGGCCAGAUGAAGGAGCUGAAUUGCACAGCCCGAGGGGAGCGGCCAAUCAUCAUUCGCUGGGAGAAAGGCGACACUGUCAUCGACCCCGACCGCAACAUGAGAUAUGCCAUCUCCACCAAGGAUAAUGGUGACGAGGUCAUUUCAACGCUCAAGCUUAAACCAGCCGACCGGGGGGACUCCGUCUUCUUCUCCUGCCAUGCGAUCAAUUCCUAUGGUGAAGACAGAGGAUUGAUCCAGCUCACUGUCCAAGAGCCUCCUGAUCCUCCAGAGCUGGAGAUUCGUGAGGUGAAAGCCCGAAGCAUGAACUUGCGCUGGACUCAGAGAUUUGAUGGAAACAGCAUCAUCACUGGCUUUGAUAUCGAAUACAAGAAUAAAUCUGAUUCCUGGGAUUUUAAGCAAUCUACCCGCAACAUCUCUCCCACCAUUAACCAGGCUAAUAUAGUGGACCUGCACCCAGCCUCCGUGUACAGCAUCCGCAUGUACUCCUUCAACAAGAUUGGGCGCAGCGAGCCGAGCAAGGAGCUCACCAUCAGCACUGAGGAAGCAGCUCCGGAUGGGCCCCCAAUGGAUGUCACCUUGCAGCCAAUGACAUCACAGAGUAUCCAGGUCACCUGGAAGGCCCCAAAGAAGGAACUCCAGAAUGGGGUGAUCCGUGGCUACCAGAUCGGCUACCGUGAAAACAGCCCCGGCAGCAACGGGCAAUACAGCAUUGUGGAGAUGAAGGCCACGGGGGACAGUGAGGUCUACACUUUGGACAACCUGAAGAAGUUUGCACAGUAUGGGGUCGUGGUGCAGGCAUUCAACCGCGCAGGGACGGGACCCUCCUCCAGAGAGAUCAAUGCCACCACACUCGAGGAUGUUCCCAGCCAGCCUCCGGAGAACGUGAGGGCAUUAUCCAUCACGUCAGAUGUGGCUGUGAUCUCCUGGUUGGAGCCCCCACGUAGUACCCUGAAUGGCGUGCUCAAGGGGUACAGAGUGAUCUUCUGGUCUCUCUAUAUGGACGGAGAGUGGGGGGAGAUGCAGAACAUCACCACCACACGGGAGCGCGUGGAAUUGCGGGGGAUGGAGAAGUUCACCAACUACAGUGUCCAGGUUCUGGCAUACACGCAGGCCGGCGAUGGUGUCCGCAGCAGUGUGCUCUACAUCCAGACCAAGGAGGACAUUCCAGGCCCCCCCGCCAGGAUAAAAGCCAUCCCAUCUUCUGCCAGCAGCGUGGUCGUGUCCUGGCUUCCCCCAACUAAGCCGAACGGGAUCAUCCGGAAAUACACCAUCUUCUGCUCCAGCCCUGGGUCCGGACAGCCAGCCCCUAGCGAGUACGAGACCAGCCCCAAGCAACUCUUCUACCGCAUCGCCCACCUCAACCGCGGGCAGCAGUACAUGUUGUGGGUGGCGGCCGUGACCUCGGCAGGACGUGGCAACAUCAGUGAAAAGGUCACCAUUGAGCCUGCUGGGAAAGCCCCAGCCAAGAUCAUCUCCUUCGGCGGCACCGUCACCACUCCGUGGAUGAAGGACGUGAGGCUGCCGUGCAAUUCGGUUGGGGAGCCGGCCCCUGCCAUUAAAUGGACAAAGGACAGCGAGGAUUCUGCCAUCCCUGUGGCAGCGGAUGGGCACCGGCUGAUCCAGGCCAACGGCACACUGGUCCUGCGCUUGGUGAAAGCAGAGGAUUCUGGGUAUUACACCUGCACCGCUACCAACACGUGGGGCUUUGAUACCAUCAUCAUCAACCUGCUGGUGCAAGUUCCCCCAGACCAGCCGCGCUUGACUGUAUCUAAAACCUCCGCUUCAUCCAUCACAUUGGCCUGGAUUCCUGGGGACAACGGUGGUAGCUCCAUCAGAGGCUUUGUGCUGCAGUACUCGGUGGACAACAGCGAGGAGUGGAAGGACGUGUUCAUCAGCUCCACCGAGCGCUCGUUCAAGCUGGACAGCCUCAAGUGCGGCACGUGGUACAAGGUGAAGCUGGCAGCUAAGAACAGCGUGGGGGCCGGCCGGAUCAGUGAGAUCAUCGAGGCCAAGACACACGGCAGAGAGCCCUCCUUCAGCAAGGACCAGCAUCUCUUCACCCACAUUAAUUCUACGCACGCCAGGCUGAACCUGCAGGGCUGGAGCAGCGGGGGCUGCCCCAUCAUGGCCAUUGUCCUGGAGUACCGGCCCAAGGGCAACUGGGUCUGGCAGAGCCUCAAGACCAACAACUCGAACGAGGUCUUCCUGACGGAGCUGCGCGAGGCCACCUGGUACGAGCUGCGAAUGAAGGCCUGCAACAGCGCUGGCUGCGGGAACGAGACCACCCAGUUCGCCACGCUGGACUACGACGGCAGUACCAUUCCCCCAAUCAAAUCUGCUCAGGAGGAGGGGGAUGACGUGAAGAAGCUUUUCACCAUCGCCUGCCCUGUGAUCCUGGCCACACUUGGGGUGGCCCUGCUUUUCAUCAUCCGGAAGAAGAGGAAGGAGAAGCGUCUGAAGAGAUUGAGAGAUGCAAAGAGCUUGGCAGAAAUGCUAAUAAGCAAGAAUAACCGGAGCUUUGACACCCCAGUGAAAGGGCCCCCCCAGGGGCCCCGGCUGCACAUUGAUAUUCCUCGUGUCCAGCUGCUCAUUGAGGAUAAGGAGGGCAUCAAGCAGCUGGGGGAUGAUAAGGCUACAAUACCAGUGACAGACACGGAGUUCAGCCAAGCUGUGAAUCCCCAGAGCUUCUGCACUGGGGUAUCCUUGCACCAUCCAGCUCUGAUACAGAACACUGGACCCUUGAUUGACAUGUCUGACAUUCGACCUGGCACCAACCCAGUUUCCCGGAAGAGUGUGAAAUCUGCGCACAGCACCCGGAACAGGUACUCUAGCCAAUGGACUCUCACCAAAUGCCAGGCGUCUACUCCUGCACGUACUCUGACAUCAGACUGGAGGACUGUGGGAUCCCAGCAUGGAAUUAUGGUCACAGAGAGCGACAGCUACAGUGCCAGUUUAUCUCAGGACACGGACAAAGGGCGGAACAGCAUGGUGUCUACAGAGAGCGCCUCAUCCACCUACGAGGAGCUGGCACGAGCCUACGAGCACGCCAAGCUCGAGGAGCAACUGCAGCAUGCCAAGUUUGAGAUCACAGAGUGCUUCAUCUCAGAUAGCUCCUCCGACCAAAUGACCACAGGCACCAAUGAAAACGCAGACAGCAUGACAUCCAUGAGCACCCCAUCCGAGCCAGGUAUCUGCAGGUUCACCGCCUCCCCACCCAAGCCCCAGGACAGCGACAGAGGCAAGAACGUGGCAGUGCCCAUCCCACACAGAGCUAACAAGAGUGAUUACUGCAACCUUCCCUUGUACAUGAAAUCAGAAGCGUUCUUCCGCAAGCCUGACAUCCACGAUCCUUCUCCAGUGGUCCCGCCCAGGGAAGCCUCCAUCCGAAACCUAGCUAGGGCUUAUCACACGCAAGCGAGGCAUAUGACGCUAGACCCAGGCAGCAAGCCUUUGGGCCUGCCGCAGCCGGGCUCCUCCACAACUACUUUACCUCAGAGAACUCUCACCAUGCCUGUCUCGGCAAACUCCGCUUCUGCUUCUACAGCUGCUGCUUCCGCUCCUGCCACCGAUCCCACAGCUACCACCAUUGAUGAGCCACGCAUGCCCACACACACCAAAAUGGGAGGCUCGAGAGACUCUCUACUAGAAAUGAGCACAUCUGGUAUAGGGAGAUCUCAAAAACAAGGGGCUGGAGCAUACUCCAAAUCCUACACUCUUGUGUAGGAAACUAGAAAACCAAUUUAAAAUAAACUGCUGGUUUCCUGCAUUAUUUAUAUUGAAAUAAAAUAAACUCUUGUACAUAAUGAACUCUUUUGUAUAAAUGAAACUAUUUUCUUCUUCUCCAGAACUGAAAAAGAAACCAGGGCACAAAGAAUUUGAUGUUACAGAUUUUAAAAAAAAAUAUAUAUAUGUGAUCUUAUAUAUAUAUUUCACUUCAUUUUGAAAGGGGCACAAAAAGACUCAACAAUUUUUUUUCCCUGAUAUUAUUGGUGGUUUUGAAAAGCAAAUUCUUGAAGACAUUGCAUGCUGUUUACUGUUCUGAAAACAACAGGAGUUACUUUGAUUUGCAAAUGCUUAUGUGUUAAAACCUUUUUCUAUGAAAAAACCCAGCGCUGUGUGCAAUAAAAGUUAUGUUU